AUGUUCGGUGGCUCCUCGAGCCCACCCAAAGAGAAAACCGAUCAUCUCCAAACUGCCUUGAAAGUCAACACUGAAGAAGUCAGUGUUGUGCAUGAGAAACGCACAUCUCCAUCCAGCGGAUCGUUUAACAGGAAGCACAGUGACGACCAGGAUCCUGGCGGUGAGAAGAAGCGUAGGAGCAGUUCCGUGACGAAAGCAGCCUCCUUCUUUGCUAGCGCGAAGAACUCAUUCCACUUCUCGAGUUCUCGGGAGUCAUCAAAUACGACGUCACAGACGGCCCGGACUCCUCUGCAGAAGCUGGGAAAGAUGGAUCCUGCCUUGAGCGUUCCGCAAGGUUCGCUGAACAACUCUGCUGGCGAAUCAUUGCCGACACUCCGUUCAUCCUUCAGAGUUGGCGUCACCGAGGACCGAAAUCGAAAAUGUCGCAGGACUAUGGAAGAUACACAUGCUUAUCUGUACAACUUCCUAGGGACCCCGGCUCCGGCCACGGGGGACUCUACUGCGAAUGGAAAAGACUCGGCUGAUACCUCCACCGACAGCAAUGAGUCCACGCAUGUCGUCGAGACAGAUAACGGUUACUUUGCGAUUUUUGAUGGGCAUGCAGGAACCUUCGCUGCGGAAUGGUGCGGGAAGAAACUUCACCUCAUUCUUGAGGAUAUAAUGCGGAAGAAUCCGAACACACCCGUUCCGGAGCUCCUUGAUCAGGCUUUCACUAGUGUCGACCAGCAAUUGGAGAAACUGCCGCUGAGAAAUAGUGGUUGCACAGCUGUCGCGGCUGUCCUCCGAUGGGAGGAUCGCAUCCCCAAUCCGCAAUCUGCGACAGGCUCAUCUGCCCUUGCGCCAGCGGGGGCUUCUGCGGCGAACAAGCCUGUUUCAGGCCCGGAAGCCGAUUCCGAUUCUGCCCAGACUUCUGCCCAGACCGGAGAGUCUUCGAAUACGUCUCAAUCCUCCGCAGACGCGGCUGCUCCUCCAAAGCCCAAGCAGACUACGGUCCGUCAGCGUGUUUUGUACACUGCCAAUGUUGGUGAUGCUCGAAUCGUAUUAUGUCGGAAUGGCAAAGCCCUCCGCUUGUCCUACGACCAUAAAGGUAGUGAUGAGAACGAGGGGAGAAGAAUCGCCAAUGCAGGUGGACUGAUACUCAACAACCGCGUCAACGGUGUUCUCGCCGUCACGAGGGCUCUCGGAGAUGCGUAUCUGAAAGACCUCGUUACCGGCCAUCCGUACACCACCGAGACGGUUAUCCAACCUGAUCAGGAUGAAUUUCUCAUCUUGGCCUGUGAUGGACUUUGGGACGUCUGUAGCGACCAAGAAGCCGUCGAUCUCAUUCGCCAUGUCAAAGACGCUCAAGAGGCUUCUAAAAUCCUUGUCGACCACGCUCUGUCACGAUUCAGCACGGAUAACCUGUCAUGCAUGGUCGUGCGAUUCAAUUCAGACAUCAUUCGCGAUGUUAUGGAACGACGGACCGACCCAAUUGGGGUUGAAGGGGACCCAUUGUCCAAGCAAAAGGGCGGGGUGAGCGAGGCGGACAAGAUCGUCGAAGAAGCUCAGAAGAAACUGGAGAACUCUGAAGGCUUAUCGGAUAAGGAUCUCGGUCUCAAUGCGAAGCUCAAAGACGAUUUAGUCAGCCAGGCAGCCCAGGAAUCCCCGGGCCCUGAAGUCACAAUUGACGACAAGAUCGCCGAGCUGGAUGUUCAGGCUAGCAUAGAGGAGGAAGAAAAGGAUAAGGACAAGGACAAGGACAAAGACAAAGAAACCAAGCCUGAAUAG